AUGUGCCCGCCGCGCAACCUCCUCCUUGUGGCCUUCCUAAGCUCCCUGGUCCAUGCCAGUCUGGCCAGGAGCCUCCCCACAACUACCACAAAACCAGGAACUACCCGGUGCCUCACCCUGUCCCAAAGUCUGCUGCAGGCAGUCAGCAACAUGCUUGGGGAGGCCAGAAAAACCCUAGAAAAUUACUCCUGCACCCCUGAAGAAAUUGAUCAUGUAGAUAUCACAAAAGAUAAAACAGGCACAGUGGAGGCCUGCCUGCCGCCGGAGCUGACCUCGAUUGAGAGUUGCCUGCCUUCCAGAAACGCCUCUUUUAUCAUGACCCGAUGCCGUAGGAGUAUCUAUGAGGACCUGAAAAUGUACCAGAUGGAGUUCCAGGCUGUGAAUGAAACGCUUUCGAUGGAUCCUAACGGGCAGAUCGUUCUAGAUCAAAACCUUUUGGCAGCUAUUGAGGAAAUGAUGCAGGCCCUGAACUUCAGCAGUGAGCCCCCUGAACUGGAACAAAAACCCUCCGAUGAAGAACCAGAUUUUUAUAGAGCCAAAAUCAAGCUCUGCAUACUUCUGCAUGCUUUCAGAAUCCGUGCAGUCACUAUUAAUAGAAUGAUGAGCUAUAUGUCUUCCUAA